CGAUUUUAUAUACUCUUCUCUCAGUUUUCGCACCAAUUCACACUUUCUGUUCAGUUUGGUUGAGAUGACAGACUCUAAGGAGUCAAAGAUUCCUGUCUUGAUCGCCGUGAUGAUUGUGUUGUUUGUAUGYGGAGAGUUYCUACGCCUGGAGCUGAGUCUUAAAGAACUAAGAAUGGAAGUCUAUAGACUCGACAGCAAGAUUUCUGUGUCGCUGAAUCAAAACUUGGAUGGACUUUCUUCAGAACGAAACGAAAAACAAGGCAUUCUCAGGCGAUUCGCAAGAGAUAUUGCAUCCGUGAAUAACGAAUCUACAUUGACRUUAAACCAACAACUAACAAAGAUUGACCGAAAGAUCGCUACAGUAAUGUCAAAAUUGMAAGCUCAGGCAAGGUUCUGGGUACCGAUACCGGGGCCUCCCGGAGCACCCGGGAUCAAAGGAGCUCGUGGACCAAGAGGAAGACCAGGUAAAAGAGGAAAGCGAGGACCUCGUGGUUUUAAAGGUGACCCGGGAGAAAACGGAGCCCCUGGUCCCCGGGGUAUGCCGGGACCGAAGGGAAGSCCGGGUMCUUCAGUUGCYGCUCCGUCAGUGUUAGUUUCCCCCUCUCUUGUAAUCGCAAACGAAAGCCAAUCCGCCAUUUUUCAUUGUUCUGCUACCGGAUAUCCAAAACCAACGUUAAUCUGGAGUAAAGUURGUGGUUCACUGGCCAUCAACAGGACAACCUCAUUCAGUGAAACCGGAAAACUGGAGAUCAAAUACGUCACACCAGCUGACAGGGGGACAUAUCUGUGCAAAGCAACAAACAUACUCGGACGAACGCAAAGAAAAGCGAUUUUAGAGGUCAACUUUCCUCCUAGAGUUGAAAUGAGCAAAGGACCGAUCUACGUCGAGAUAGGUAAUGACGUCACAUUUCCCACGUGUCACGUGACAGGACAUCCUAAACCAAAGGUCACGUGGUCACAACCUUCUGGUGCACUUCCAAAACGUCGGACUGUAAUCAAGGGGGUUCAACUGACAUUGAGAAAAUCAACAAAAGAAGAUUCCGGACCAUAUUUUUGCAAAGCUGAAAAUCUUCUUGGAUCAGUUUCAGCUUGGACAGUUCUUACUGUUUUCCARAAGCCUGUUUUCAUCACAAAACCGCCUACAUCUUACAGAGCUCGUGUUGGGUCCAAAAUUGUAAUUCUUAACUGCAGUGCUAAAGGUCACCCUGAUCCAGUUAUCACAUGGAGUAAAGAAAAGGGUGUUCUACCAGUUGGUAGACAUGAAGUAAGGGAUGGAUCUUUGAUCUUGAGAGACUUGACAACCGUUGACUCGGGCGUUUACGUGUGUACAGCUACAAGUGCAGGUGUAUUUCACACACAUACAAGGACCACGCUUAAUGUAUUAAGUCCUGAUUGUUCUGAGCUGUACAAACUAGGAGAGAGACGUAGCGGUGUGUACCGAGUAGAACCCGAUAAGAACGGUGCCUUUAAAGUCUACUGCGACAUGACAACUGACGGAGGGGGGUGGACUGUGUUUCAAAGAAGACAGGAUGGAUCGGUAGACUUUUAUCGCAAUUGGCAAGACUACAAAACCGGUUUUGGAAACCUGAAAGGCGAGUUUUGGUUGGGAAAUGACUAUAUUCAUCGACUGACAGCAAGAACAGCGUCGAGUCUUCGUAUUGAGAUAGAAGACUGGGACGGAACUAGSAAAUAUGCCAAAUAUGGUAGCUUCGGUGUUAGUGAUGAAUCAGACAAGUACAGGCUUAAGAUAGGCUCGUACUACUCAGGCAAUGCAGGGAACUCAUUUCAAAGUGGUAUGGACUUGAAUAAUAUGGCCUUCAGCACUAAGGACAGAGAUAAUGACAUAACCUCCACCAACUGUGCAGUUUACUACCUUGGUGCAUGGUGGUACAGGAAUUGUCAAUACUCCAAUCUGAAUGGUAAAUACUUUGGAAAUAAGAUCGAUAUUAAGGGAGUUCGCUGGGGAGCCUACAGCGAUGUUUCACUGAAAAAAGCUGAAAUGAAAAUACGACCGAAUUCAUUUUAAUUCACAGAUGUUUCAAAAAAUGACUU